AUCAUUUUUCUACUCUAACGUAUGUUUGUUAGUUUGUGAACAUAUCAUUUUCUAGUGUUGAAAUGGAGCUGUCACGCCCUUUAGAGAACUGUUCCAAAUAAACGAUUCGUUCGUCACUCACACGGCUCCUGAAAGCCUGUCGCGGUUGUCCGGAAAGCUAGUUUUAGACAGGCACUUAGCUAGGAAGUGACAAAAACGCUCUUUGUUAGCUCAUGUCGCAAAUGAAUUUAGCAGAAUUGGUUGCUGCAUACGAGAAGUGACGCGAGGAAUCCAUCCGAACUGACAGAUUUGCGAUGGAAGGAGAUGAGUGCAGCUUCCCCCCAGAGUCAUCAGAUGACCACUCGCAAAGAGGAAGUGUUGCUUCUUCUGCCAUACUCUCCCACCCUCAAGAUGUGCUUGUCUACCUGUUUGGCGACAGCGUCGUGCACUUAUCUGUGGAAGGGCUGGGCAGUGUCACCGUGCAGGAGUUGGGCCGCUCUGUCCGAGAAGCCCUUCACGCUCCAGAGUGUGCUCAGGAGGCUUUUGCCUUCUGGCUGUCUUCUCCCUUGCUGGAGCUGCAGUUAAAAACGAGGCAUCAACCGUACAAGCUGUGUCGCCAGUGGCAAGACCUGCUGUAUCGCUUCACCGAAGCCUCGGAAGACGACAUCUCACAAGAUGAGCCCUGCCUCCAAUACCGUCGCAAUGUGUUUUAUCCUAAAGCUAAAGAGCUGCAGAUAGAAGACGAGGGAGUGCUGCGUCUUCUGUAUGAGGAGGCCAAGAGCAACAUCCUGACAGGAAGAUACCCCUGCGAUCCUGAACACUGGGCCACGCUCGGAGCCUUGUGUCUUGCUGUUGAUGAGGGAACGGGCCUGGAUGGGCAGACAUUGACAACUACUAUAAGAGAGAAGAAGCUGUCUUCUUUUGUACCUGCGCACGUGGCCAUGGGGGGUGGAGGUUUAUUCUCCACGCUGAGAGGAAAGUUGAGUCGUCAGGGGGGGCUCGAGCAGAACCUGCUGGAAGAAUACGGAAAGAUCAACCCAUCUGCUGGAGACUCUCAGCAGCUUCUACACCGCUACCUCAGCACGUGUCACAUGCUGCCUUAUUAUGGGUGCGCUUUCUUUGAUGGGGAGAUUGACAAGCCCGUCCAAGGUCUCCUCAAGAGGGGGAAACGCAAAGCUGUCAAUGUUGGAAUCUGCCUUGAGGGAGUUUAUGUGAUGGAUGUCAAAGAGAAGCACGUGUUGCUCGGCCUGCGCUUCCACGAGCUCUCCUGGGACCACAGCUACCCCGAGGAGGAGGGCGACUCGCACAUCCUGUGGCUUGAGUUUGAUGGCGAUGAAGAUGGCACCCCCGUCAACAAGCUGCUGAAGAUUUACUCCAAACAAGCAGAACUCAUGAGCGGCUUCAUCGAGUUCUGCGUGGAGCUGAGAUCAGUGUCUGAGGAAGCAGCCGUGACACAAACGGACGGCGAGGCGGGUCUCUCCCAACAAGCCUCUGGCCAGGAGGGCGGCAGCAAGAACGGACGUGGGGGACGGCGAGGGAUGCUGCGUCGGCAGAGCAGCGUGGUGUGCAGCCGGGUCCAUUCACUUCAUACCAUCAACUAUGUGGACAACGGAAAAGAAAUCAAAUGCUUAAAGCCAAAAAGAGCCGCGUCCUUUUUCACCCGGCAGGUGUCUGCACCCAUGUACUCUUCUGUGCAAGUGACAGAAAGUCUGGAGCAAGGUUAAACUUGCCCUCCAGCACCGCCCUCCCACUCAAGGAAAGACCAAAACUCAACAAUAUUAAUGGGAGGGAUUGGAUUUACAAAGGACCAAGCGAGGAAAUCUUAGUGUGACCAUAUUUGUCUCUUCAAGGUGUGUAUAUUUUGUGCAUAUAGUAUUGUGGGGGGUGGGGGGAGGAGCAUUAACAAAAACCUAACUAUAUCAGAGACAAGCCUUGGGGGAAAUUGUCAAGAGCAGGAGUGUCCAAAGUGCAGCCCGAGAGCCAUUUGUGGCCCACGCCACAUUCCUAUAAACAGAAUUUAACAAGAAAACUUAAAAACAACAGCAUAAAAAGAACGUUGCCGCAAUAAAAUCUAAAUAUUAAGAAAAAAUCCAACGGGAAUGUCAUAAUUUUACGAGAAUGACAUAAUAUGAGAAACAAAACAACCCAUAAAGUUGUCAUUUUUGGAAAAUUAGGUUGUGUAAAAACUUAAGUCAUAAUAAUAAAGUCAUAAAAGUAUGAGAAGAAAAUUUACAAGAGCAAAGUUGAAAUAAAAGUUGAAAAAAAAAAAACAGCGGCUGUAAUUUUACGAGAAUAGAUUUGUAAUAUUAUGAGGAAAUUUGAGUAGCAUAGUGUUGCUGUGGUCAAGCUAAUGUGACUGAAGCUCACACAUGUACACUAUACUUGCACCAUCUAGUGGUGCAAAUGUGCAUUACACCUUGCAUGAUAAUUCAUGAAUCAAAAAAUGUUGUCGAUGCGAUCAAAUAUCCACGAUAAUUUGUAGCGCAAUUAUCCACCACCAAAAUCUGUCAUCGUGACAAGCGUAUGUGGGAAUAAAUUCAAAAUAUCAUGAAAAUAAGUUAUCAUUUGAGAAGAAAGUUGAAAUAUUUGGAAAAUCUUAUAAAAAAAAGCAAAAACUGUGGGGGGGGAAGGGGCAAAGUUGGAAAAAAAAAUUAGACUUUUUCACUUCUAUCACAAAGCUGACAUGCAGUUUUUUCUAGAAAUAUAUUUAACUUCUUGGCAUAUCAAUCCAAGUAUCCAAGUGGCCCUUGGAUCCUUUCAUUUUUCACUUUGUGGCCCUGCGGUGGAAAACGUGUGGACACCCCAGCUCAAGAGCUUUUUGACUUUUCUGUGGCUUCUUUUACUUUUAGCAUGCUUGAUGCUGCUGUUCAAAAACCUCACAUCAUAACAGUGGACAUACAGUCAUGUGGGGGGGGGGGAAAGUGAGGGGACACCAUUUUUUCAACACAUUUUUCGUGAAAAUGUGUGGCGCCCCCUGCGGGUUGUGCUACUAUGUUGUGGAAGACAUCAAGACAAGACAGCGCCCACGUCUGAUGGUGAAUGCUUGGGUUUUGUCACCAGCUUCAUUCAAAUUUGCCAGGUAAAGGCGCAUAUGAAAUGUGGUGGUGAUUUAUGGACUUAUGGGGUCCAACUUGGGGCCACCCUGUGUACAGAGCAGGACGGCAUGUUUUGCCAGAUUUUCAUAACUGUGCCGCUUUUCCAGGUUUUGCAGUGUAACCCACGAUAGGACAGUGAAUCCUCAAGAAGUGUGGGAGCAAAGCCUUUCAAGUCCAUAUUCUGCUUCCUUGAAACUGCUUGUGCCUUGACGCAGUGAAGGUCACCAAGGUUAUAGGAAUACGUCUCUUUUCUACUCAAAAUUAGAUAUCACAGAAGCAUUUCAUCCAAGUUAGUCUAAAACUACAUUACAAGCGUGUUGCAACAACUCUGCACCGUUUGUGUCGGCAACGUCCGUUGCUUGUCACAUUUUGAAGGACGUCAUCUGUUGAGUCACGUCAUAAACUGUAACGCAACCAUUUUUGGUUUCAGUGCCAUCAAAGUCAUUAGUUGUCUUCGUCUAAGCGUGACUGCACAAUGAUGGAAGCAGUCCUGUCUUUUUUUUAAAAGGGGACCUAUUAUGCUUUUCCUCUUUUCUGACCUAUAAAUGUUGUGUUUUCGCUUUAAACGAUGCCACUGCGUCAGAUAAUCAGGUUUGGAAGUGAGACAUGAAAGCAGUUUUGGACGACUGCACACUAGAGUUUUUUUUAAACACAGAGUUCCAUUGACGUCAGUGCAACCCGGACUUCCUUAAAUGGGCAUGCCCCGGCUGUAGGCCUGCCCUCCCCCUGCUGUGCUUCGCUCUGCUCGGUUGACCGUGUUAGCACGUAUGGCUCCCAGCAAAUGUUUGUGGGGGUGUUCCUAAAGAGGCAAGCAUCAGACAGAAGUUGUUGGAGUUGCUGAUUCCCGGCCAGCAGAAGAAAAAUAUGCUCAUCUGUCAACGGGACUUGUGAACAUGGGCCAAUACGACGCCAGACUAUCUGCCAAACUGUUGCUGAAGCCCGAUGCCUUUCCAACGUUAUUUGGUCGUGUUGAAGAGUCAGAAGAGCAAGCUGUAAGUAAUCACUUAUCAGUGUCCUAACUGUUUAUUUUGUGUAAAUAAUCGCACAAAAGGGCUUCGGCAACUGCCCGGAAGUCCUCGGGAGCGUGACCGAUCACAGCGGAGUGGGCUCAGCGGGAGGCAUACCUGGAGGAGGGCCGUUUGGGCGGGAGGCAGGAAACACUGCAGGAAGAGGAGCAGAGUCUGGAAGAUCUAUCUAGAUCUAGCUUUGUGUGCAGGUUAUCUGCUCUAUAGGAGUCCGCAACUCAAUACAAAGGCCUGAAAAUGAGUAUAAUAGGUCAACUUUAAACUGACAUUUCUUGAAAGCUCGGCACACUAAAUAUGCUGCAAGGCUCCGCCAGGCAUUGUACUUUUUUGGCAUGUUUGCCGCAGGUGUUGCUAACUAAUCCUAUGCACGUCACGUUGUAGAAUAGGCAUUCCAACACACCAUGCGAUCAUUUACUCUCAAUGCUGCACUUGUCUUCCGUUUUCUUCAAGUUUUAUCAGCUCUUAUGAUACACCGUAUAUUUCAAACAAAAAAUAGGUUUCUUUGUAUAUUUGUGUUACACAAGACCCUUUCCUCAGCAGUCGUUAUGCAGAAGCAUCAAGUGCCUUUGCCUUACGUUUGUAUCCAGAUGGCUGUUUAUAGCGCUCGCAAACCACACAUGGACAUGUUUUUGUUUCGUUUCACAAGUGAGCUGUACUUUCAUGGUUAACUCGAUCCGAGGAAGACUACGGGGUGGUUUUUGAGGAAAGCGUGCAGUGUCACUUGUUACCUCUGUCAAAAUAUGUCUUUCUGCUGAGCCUCUUUCUCUGCAUUGCUGAUGUAAACAACGUUUUAACACUCGCACUUCUUACAGAGCGAAUGUCAUGAAGUCAUCGAGUAAGUCAGCCAAGUUUCAUUUCAUGUCUGCUUGUCAUGUUCACACAAUAAGGAUGCAUUCGUUGCUGCGUGUGGCAUUGCUCACAUCUGUUAGAAAUGCUGCUCAGUUUUGAAGUCUCGGUCCAGCAUGACAAAAGAAAAUGUUCCUUUCAGUUGUGUGUUUUUCCAUUCAGUUGAUGUAUCAUAUAGUGCAUAUGACUGUUGGACUUACUUCAAUUUAUCUAAAAACUCAACUGACCCCUGGAUGUAUCAACACCACAGAACUUGCAUUUUAUCCUUAAUAACUCAUUUGAAAGUACUUUUGUAGGGCUUUCUUACAUCCUUGCAAUAUUAUCCCAGAUGCAGUAUUAAACUCUUGUCUGAGUUUGAAUCUUUGACCAAUAAAAGUUGCUUUAUUUA